CAUUCCUCUCGGGUGUUAUUGUUUAUCUUAUGUGCUUGACUAUAGUUUGGCUGGGAGGUGAUCUCCAGGAAUGGCUUCAUUUCCAGGUCAGAAGGUAUUUUAGGGCCAUAGUCUCACUGUCUUGGAAGAAGUGUGGCCAGAAUGCUCCUUAGAAGCAAGGAUGGUGAGACUGUGUCUUACAUACUUUGGACAUGUUGUCAGGAGGGAUCAGUCCCUGGAGAAGAACAUCAUGCUUGGCAAAGUAAGGGUCAGCGGAAAAGAGGAAGACCCUCAAUGAGGUGGAUUGACACAGUGGCUGCAACAAUGAGCUCAAGCAAAACAACAAUUGUAAGGAUGGCGCAGAACCGGGCAGCGUUUCGUUCUGUUGUCCAUAGAGUCGCUAUGAGUCGGAAGCGACUCGAUGGCACCUAACAACAACAACAACAAGUCUCAGGGGCUCCUCUACUCUCUGUCAGACCAGCAAGCCUGGUUUUUUUUGUGGAUUUGAUUUUUUGUUCUACAAUUUUCUCCCGCUUUGUCUAGGACUCUCUGUUGUGAUCCCAGUUUUACCAAGUGUUGUGAUCUCAGCAGUUGGCAGCGGUAGCCCGGCACCAUCUAGUUCUUCUGGUCUUGGGGUUGUGUAGGCUGUGGUUCAUGUGGCUCAUUAGUCCUUUGGACUAAUUGCCAUGUCUCCCUUUCUUCAUCCCCUUCUGCAGUCACCCGGCCUCCUCGCUGCCCCUGGCCUCCUCACUGCCCCUGACCAUGCCAAGCCCUCACCCACCCCUGCACUUUGCACUUGCUCACCCUCUCUACCUGGGAAGUCCCUCCUCCCUCUUCCGGACACCCUAAAGUACCAUCUCUGACAGAAGCCUUCUUUGACCAUCUGUAUAAAAGUAACCUCCCAGUAUUAUCUCCAUCAUCACCCUUUUUGUUUCCUUCAUAGCGUUUAUAAAAAAAAAAAAAAAGUCUGUAAUUAUCUUCUUUUGGCUUCUUUGUUAGUUUACUUGCUAACUAGCUGUUUUGCUGAUGGCAUGUAAGCUUCCUGAGGGCUGGUUCACAGCCUAAUUUCCCAGCUCCUAGAAAAGAACCUCCAGAUAGUAGGCCCUCAAUACCCUUCGCUGUUCAGCCAAUUCCAACUCUAGUGACCCUGUAGGGCAGAAUAGAACUUGCCCCAUAGGGUUUCCAAGGAGCAGCUUGGUGGAUUCAACUGUAAACCUCUUGGUUAGCAGCUGAGCUCUUAAUCACUGCCCCACCAGGGCUCCAGGUCUUCAACAGAUGUUUGUGAAUGAAUGAACAGGUUGGAGAAAAUCCUUCUCCAUUCAUGUUUAUUCUGAAGACAAGAUGACACUCUGUUUCCUGGGGGCGGGGCGCAUUUUUUUCCUUCUCUGAAAACCCUUUUAGGUACCCUAAGGUUUUGGAGACCAAAGAUCAGGAUGUUCUUUUCAUCAGAGGUAAUUUCUUCUUUUUAUCCUUCAACAAACCUCAACCAAGGGGAAGAAAGAACACAGUGCUAGUUAGGGAGAUUGGGGGACAGGUGGAAAAUGGGGGAAGAAAAAGGGAAAAUUCAAGGAGAAAGAAAAAAAAAGGUAAUUUCUCUCAAUACAGCCUAGCAUACCUUAGUUGAAGGUAUUAUUUCAGGUGGUUCAUCAAGGCUCUGUCUGAUGUCAGGAUGUAAAUCUGACUGCCUUUCACAAAGAGAGGUGUUGGCUUCAGCUCAUUUAGCAGACCGGCCUGUUCCUGCUUCUGGACUCUUGUCUAAACAGGACCUGGCCUUCAGGCAGCCGCCGGGCGGGGGAGUCUGUGAAUGGCAGCCCAAUCCACCAGGCCAAUGGUGAAGGAGGACUCGGCUCCUUAAGCGCCAGCGAUUCAAGCCAGGGCUGGAAAACCAGAGAGCCCGCCCCUCGGAUCUUCCCCUUUCAUUCCAGAGCUUGGUAAGAGGAGCCCAGCCUGCUGCCAGGCACUGAGUGGCUGGGCAGAGCUCGGGAGCAUAGACCCAGGGGCACCCAUCCCCUUCAGCACCCUUCGCGCCCCCGCAGCAGCAUGGCCGACCAACUAACAGAGGAGCAGAUCGCAGAGUACAAGGAGGCCUUCUCUCUGUUUGACAAGGAUGGGGAUGGCACCAUCACCACCCGGGAGCUGGGCACCGUCAUGCGGUCCCUGGGCCAGAACCCCACUGAGGCCGAACUCCAGGGCAUGGUCAAAGAGAUCGACGCUGACGGCAACGGCACCAUCGACUUCCCGGAGUUCCUGGGCAUGAUGGCGAGGAAGAUGAAGGACACGGACAGUGAGGAGGAGAUCCGGGAGGCCUUCCGCGUAUUCGACAAGGACGGCAAUGGCUUUGUUAGCGCAGCUGAGCUGCGGCACGUGAUGACCAGGCUGGGGGAGAAGCUGAGUGAUGAGGAGGUGGACGAGAUGAUCCGAGCAGCUGACACGGAUGGAGAUGGGCAAGUGAACUACGAGGAGUUCGUCCGCAUGCUGGUCUCCAAAUGAGGUGGGCGGAGGAGCUGCUCCAGCCCGGCACAAAUGGUUCCCCUUGGCUUCGCAUUUGGCUGGCCAGUGUCGCUGUUGCAAAAGCCUUAGUCCUCAAAUUUCUUUCUCCGUUCCUCCAGCUUCCUCUGGACUGUUUUUUCUGUGGUUACGUGACUCAGUCCACCUUUUAUGCAUCUCAUUUUCCCUGCACUCCUUCCGUUUUCUGUUCCUUUUAUUAUCUCUCUUCUUAUGCAGAAUGACACCGGACACUCCCAACCUAGCAAACAAAUGACAUCCUUCCAUUAGUUGGGAGCAGAAGCAGAAGUGGCAUUACUCUGCAAGGACCGGUACGUUUUGCACUGAGAUGUGAGCAGUGUGACAUCUUAGAGCACUCUGGCCAUGAUCUCUAAAGGGCACUCAAUGUUGUGACCAGGGGAGCUGCUAGUCCUCAUCCAUGCCUGGAGACCCUGCUGAAUGAAGACUUCACCUGCUGUUGUGCUUAGGAUACUGGAUUUGGGUGGGUGGGUGGAGAAAUCUUGGCACCUAGAGGGAAAGGUGCUGAUGGAGACUUUGACAUCUGAGGUCAGGCCUCUGAAAAUCACCACUUUUCUUCCAUAAGGCACUUGCUUCUUCCAUUCUGUCUUUGCUAAACCUCUGUGAUUCAUCUUCUGAGGUGCUGGAGUAAAAACUGGAGUCAGUUGUAACAUGUUUGUAUUAACCUGGAUGGAGGGAAAUUUAAAUGAAAGAGAGGGAAACUACAGGGGAAUAAACAAGAGCUGGGUUCCCUAUUUUGUUUGUUUCUUUUUUCUUUUUUUUUUUUCUGGUUCUGACUACAACAAUCUUUGUUAGGUCCAGGGUUUAAACCAGGUGGGGAUCUCUGUUUUUGUGCUUUUUGAAAAUGCAGUAAGUUCUUGUACUGGUGGGUACAGUGAAAAGAGAGAAGUCUGGAUAAGGUAAAUCUGGUGUAUUUAGUUUAAAUAGAAUGGGUAAGUUGAUAGCAAAGACUGGUUCAUAUAGAACUCCUAAAGAUCUAAGUCAACUAUAAUUGAGAAGGAAGUCUGAUAAUGGUUUUUAUUUGUCCUACAUUGGCUCUCUGGGUGUUGUGAAAUGCUCUGUGGUUAGAAGAAAGUGAGGAGCUAGAGAAUGCUAACUGUAUACAGAUAGCCCCCAUUUUUCAAAAGCUCACUUUACCCCACUUCACUUUUGCAUAAGACUUACAUGUUUAAAAAAAAAACAUGCUUUGAGUCAAUUCAGACUCAUAGCAGCCCUAUAGGACAGAGUAGAACCGCCCCAUAGGGUUUCCAAGGAUCACCUGGUGGAUUUGAACUGCAGAUAUUUUGUUUAGCAGCCAAGCUCUUAACCACUGUGCCACCAGGGCUAGGCCUACAUUAGUACCUGUUUUCAAUAAAUCCAAAGAGGACUUUCGCCUUUACAGACAAAGGUAAAAAAGCAGAAAUGGCAUUCAGCAUUUGUUGUGCAGCAAGGCCUUAAAGUGGCAACACACACCCUGAGCAGCAAGAACGGCAUAUUCAAGCUCAUUCCCUGGGAACUACACUCAGCGUCAAGCCACCACAGCUUUGAACUGUGUCUGUGAGCAUCUGUGCUUUACCUCCGUUCAUUUUGUGCACCUUUAGCAAGAUACAUCCUAAGGUAUCAGGAAAGCAUAGAGAGCCUGUAAGGGUGUUAUGCUUAGCAUAAAACUGGACCUAGGUUAUUUUUUGCAUCUGGGAACACUCAAAAAUUUUUCCCAUACUAUUAACGGCAAUUACUUCUUUGCUUUAUGCCAUUUUGGCUUAUGAAAGCUUUCACAGGAGCACUCUACUUUUGGAUAGUGGGGGAAACCUGUAUUCAGAAUACAUGGUGAGGAAGCAGUUUGUGGAUGGUUAUUCCCUCAUUCUCCCAGAAACUUCUAGAGGUUGAAUUCGAUCAUUUCAGAGGUCGAAGGGGCUUCAUCAGACAUCGUUUUAGUUCAAGAGUGAGGCAGUGUUUGUGGAGUGGGCACUAGACUGGGGCUUGUCAGAGAUGGUUCUAUCCCUGGGACAGCCACAAAGUAGCUGGUUGAUCUUGGACAAGUCCUUUCUCCCUCUCACCUGUGUUUCCUCACGUGUAAAACAUGGGCUUGGAGCUGACAGAUUGGGAUUCCAAUCCUGGCCUCACUACUUAUCACUGCAGACUAUACAUGAAUCACUUAACCUCUCCCUUAUAAUAGCUGACAUUCAUACAGUCCCUACAGUAUGCUAGGCAAGGGGCAGAUUACCUCAUUACCACACUAUAAGGAACUACUCUUAUUAGCUUCCCCAUCCUACAAAUGAGGAACCUGAGACAGAAAGCUUAAGAAAUAAGCCCAAAGUCACACAGCUGGUAAGUGGCGGAGCUGGGAGUUGAAUGCAAGUCUAUAUCCUUGACCAUUCUGCUCCUGGCCUUACCAUGCCCCUUGCCUGCACCGUGAAAUGAUGAUUAUGACAGUACCCCUGAAGCAUUCAGAGGAUUAGAAAUAAUAUUCUCAACACACCUGGUGUGUAAAAAAGGUGCUUAAUAAAUGAUAGCUGCAAUUAUUCUCAUCUUUAGGGCUUCCUUCCAACUCUAACACUCUAUGAGGCUCAGAAAUGUAUUUCUGCCCCAUAAGUAACCCAACGGAAAAGACAGGGCAGAAAGGGGUCGAAGCAGUCUCUCAUGUGCUGUCUUUAACUUGACUUCUGAAGGGACACCCCAUGGUGAGAUCUCAGGCAAGAACUGGCCCAAACACAAGUGUGAUUUUAAAAGCCUCCCGCCCAGGUGGUAGAAGAGGCAAAUCAUGCUCUCAGAUAGCAGGGCCUUUUAGGCUAAUUCUCUCUGCAGCCAGCCCUCGGCAGUGGGAAUUAGUUGACUACCUCCAGGAGGGGAUUUGGAAACAAGCCUUGUGAGUGCUAGUGUCCAGGUGUCACUGGGCAGCAGCAUUCUGUGAGCAGAAGAGCCAAACCGUUUCAACUUCGGAGGUUCAGACAUGAAUUACAGUUCUGUCUGCCAAAAGUUGAGAUGUUGGCAUCACCGCCAGGGUCAAAUACAAUUCAGAUCUCAGUGUCUCUCAUAGGCUGAUUCCUAAAUGCUGUAGGAAGGAAAGAAACUGGGGUCAGGAGAGGGCUGGAUCCAGAGGCCUUUCUUCACGAACGUCAACUGGUUUCAUAGUCACCAACAACAGACCUGGUGGGAGACUUAACACUUAAUCCCCUCCUUUUAAGAUAUAGGCCCUAAUGAAGCAUUUAGAAAUGUCAGGACCUAUAUGUGCUGCCCAGAGCCCUGGUAGUGCCGUGGCUAAAGGGCCUGACUGCUAGCCCAAAGGUCGGUGGUCUGAACCCCCCCAGCUGCUCCUCAGGAGAAGAUGUGGCAGUCUGCCUCCAUGAAGACUACAGCCUUGGAAACCCUAUAGGGCAGUUCUACUCUGUCCUAUAGGGUUACUAUGAGUUGGAAUCUACCAGAUGGCAACGGGUUUUGGAUAUGUGCUGUUAGGAAUCUCUGGAUGGCACAAAAGUUUAAAUGCUACUAGCCAAAAGUUGGCUGUUUGAACUCACUCAGAGGUGUUUCAAAAGACAGACCUGGCAAUCUGCUUCUGAAAGGUCACAGCCUUGAAAACUCUAUAGAGCAACAUUCUACUAUGCACACAUGGGCUAACCAUGAGUUGGAAUUCACCCGAUGGCAGCUAACAACAUAUGGGCUAUUAAUGCUUCGGGGGGAAGGGAUGAAGAUGUCUUUUUGUGUUUCCCACCCAGCCUUCCACCUACUCAUAUAUUGGAACCACCCAUUCCUGAGUCUCAAAAGGCUUAAAGAGUCUUGCAUGAAGAAUUCCUUGUGCCAGGGCAAGGGCUACACCAAUGUUGCAGAAAGGCCUUCCCCACUAUUCGUAUGCCUGUUUCUCAACUAAAGCCUCCAAGCCUCUGGUCCUCCCUUAGGGUGUGAUGGUGAGAGCCCCAGAAGCUGGGCUGUGCAGGGAGGCGAGGGAAGGUUGGAAAGAUUGUGCCACUUUCUCCCACCCCUAGAGACAGCAUCACCCUUCAUACCAUUGUCUUGUCUGUUUUGUCAUUGCUGUCAUGACACUGAGUGUCAGGUAGGAAACAUCCCCAUUGGAGCCCUCAGAAGCAAGCAGAUCCAUGAUAAAUGGGGUUCUUUUUUUUUCUACAGGUGGGAAAUCUGAAGUCAUAAGGUAAAAGUGGCCCCACAGCAAAGUUGAAGG